CAUUGGAGGUGAUGAAUUGAAAAAAUGGAAUCUCUCGCCUUACACGCGUCACCCACACAUUGGCCGCCCGCUGCUUUUCCGUCCUCGAAAGCUGUGCAGCAGCAGCAGCAGCAGCAGCCGAGCGAGACGAGGGAGCGAGAAGGCGAGCACCGCGUGGUGGUGGUGGUGGUGGAUUCGAUUCGAUUCAUCCCCCGAAACCCUAGCCGCCGCCGCCGCCGCCACUUCAAUUCGCCUCCGGUCGCCGACUCGCCGUACCGUACAAUACAAGCAUGUCUCCGCCGUUGCUGCUCCUCCGGGCGCUCACCCUCGCCGGCCGCAAGGCCAAGGCGGCGUGCCUGCCUCGCCCCCGCGCCCUCGUCAUGCUCGCCGCCGGCGCGCACGGCGCGACCCGGGCCACCACCACCGUCCCGCUGCCGUGCCUUCCUCUCAGGGCGCUCUCCAGCCGCGCCGGUGAAGUGGACCCCCGCCCCCGCCCCCGCCCCGAGGAGAUCAUCAUCGGUGGCGGCGCGGACAUGGUGUCGCCUACCGCCGCUGCCUCCGGUGGCGGAGAAGCCAUGGUCGGAGUCGGGAUGUCUGCUCCUUGGCUGAUCGGCGCCGCCGGUGCGAGCGCGAGCGCGAGCGCGACCAUCAAGUUGGGGUCGGAUCCGGUGGCUCCGGCGACCGCCACCGAAGACUCUGCUCUCCUCCGCGCUCGUCACCUCUUGAGCAAGGCAGAGCAACACCACCUCGCCGCGGCGCUCGUCUGCCUCGUCAAGAACCUGCCGCUGCCGGCGAUCCAAGACCCUGAAUUCGUUGUGCUCGAGGCCGACGACAGCAUGGUGGAGCUCAUCCGCGACCUGAUCGUCGCCGGCGGUGGCCAUCCUGAGCAUGGCGAAACGACCGGAGGCUUCGUCUCCCUGGCGCCCUGCGUGUUCGACGAUGCGCGUGACAAGAAGACACUGCCGCCGUCAUCGGGCAUCACCAAUGUCAGCUCUCUCGCCACUGCCAACGGCAUCAAGAUCAUGAUCCCGGUGCAGUCUGCUUCUAAAGGGAGUCGACGUCGUCUGUCCUCGAUGCAGACCACUCGAUGCCUCUCAAGUACUCCCAAUGUCAGCAUCCCUGAUGAUACCAGCACCAGCAGUGCCAAUGGCGACAAGAGGAGAGCAAACAGGAUCAGACUCGUUGAUGUCAGUGUGAGAGUCACCGAGUUGGAGCAGCUUGUGAGGAGCCUUGAGAAGAGACUGGAGGAUGUGGAAGCGAAAUGGGACGCCAACCUGCGCAUUGCUGAGUUGCGCGCGGACAUCGCUGAGAAGCGCGCUGAUCAGCUUGAGAAAUUGCUGGAGAAGACAGUGGAGGGUAUGGAGAGAAUGGUGAAUAACAAGAUGGAGCAGACGAUUACUUGGGUACUGCAAAAGAACUUCCAGCAGGAAGAGUUGGCUCACUCUCGCCACAGCUCCUUGCUCCUACACUGCACUCAGCUUGCUCAAGAAAUGGCUGCAACUAAAGAUGAACUCCACUCAGUGAGGAGAAACUACAGGGAUGAUAUCCUGACCUCCAAAUUCACCGUGUCAAUCACUGCGUGGCGCAUCGUGCUGGUGCUACUGGGGGGCUUCGGUGGAGUCACGGCGUUCUACGUGCCUUACGUCAUCAAAGAUAUCAAGCUGGAGACAUGCGAAGAAGUAGCCAAGAGGAUUUCAGAGAUGCUGCAGGGUAUCGCGGAUGCAAUUAAAGAGCUAAGAGAGGAGGUGAAGGCUAAUAAGGUUCCUUGGUGGAGGAGACUUUUCAAGAAAUGAAACAAGGAUCUGCACUGCCAGAUGGAGUUUUCUGAACAAGUGACUGGAGUGUUGUGAUGAGUUUGAACAAGUAACAGAGUUGUGAUGAUUUUGAACAAAGUGACAGAGUAAUUGUGAUUAUUUUGAACAAA